UGUGUGAGUGAGUUCACUUUACUAUACUGUGUGAGGAGGAUGAAGAUGGUGGUUACACUUACAUACCAAUGGUUCUUGUUCUCCUUGCUGCUUGCUGGGUUAGUUAUUAUCCAGUGUGUGGCCGGUGCAGGGGAGCCUGAUGGAACUGCAGUGCCUGAAACGGUGAGUUUUGAUACUGGGGGGUUGAGUAGAGAGGUUUUUCCAAAGGGGUUUCUAUUCGGAACGGCGACGUCUGCUUAUCAAGUUGAGGGUAUGGCUGAUAAGGAUGGCCGUGGCCCCAGCAUUUGGGACGUUUUCAUCAAAAAACCCGGGAUUGUUGCAAAUAAUGGCACGGGAGAAGUUUCGGUGGAUCAGUACCAUCGCUACAAAGAAGAUAUAGAUAUUUUGGCAAAGCUGAAUUUUGAUGCCUACCGGUUCUCAAUCUCGUGGUCCAGAAUUUUUCCAAAUGGAACUGGCAAGGUAAAUUGGAAAGGUGUAGCAUACUACAAUAGGUUGAUCGAUUACUUACUAGAAAGAGGCAUUACUCCUUAUGCAAACCUCUAUCAUUAUGACCUUCCUUUAGCUCUUGAGAUGAGAUACCAAGGAUUAUUGAGCCGCAAUGUUGUGAAAGAUUUUGCGGAUUAUGCAGACUUUUGUUUCAAGACUUUUGGAGACAGAGUAAAGAAUUGGAUGACGUUUAAUGAACCGAGGGUAGUGGCUGCUCUUGGCUAUGAUAAUGGUUUCUUUGCCCCUGGAAGGUGCUCAAAAGAAUAUGGGAAUUGUUCAGCUGGAGAUUCAGGGACUGAGCCUUACAUUGUUGCCCAUAAUUUGAUAUUGUCACAUGCGGCUGCUGUUCAAAGAUACCGAGAGAAGUAUCAAGAAAAGCAAAAGGGAAGGAUUGGGAUUCUCUUGGACUUUGUUUGGUAUGAGCCUCUUACAAGAUCAAAGGCCGAUAACUAUGCUGCUCAAAGAGCCAGAGACUUUCAUGUUGGAUGGUUCAUUCAUCCCAUUGUGUAUGGGGAGUAUCCAAGAACUAUGCAAGUAAUUGUUGGGAAAAGACUCCCCAAGUUCACUAAGGAGGAAGUUAAAAUCGUGAAGGGAUCAAUUGAUUUUGUUGGAAUUAACCAAUAUACUACUUACUACAUGUAUGAUCCCCAUCAAUCAAAACCAAAAGUCCCAGGUUACCAACAGGAUUGGAAUGCAGGGUUUGCUUAUGCAAAGAAUGGAGUGCCUAUUGGUCCAAGAGCACAUUCAUAUUGGCUUUACAGCGUACCAUGGGGCAUGUACAAAGCAUUAAUGUACAUCAAGGAGCAUUAUGGAAACCCAACUGUGAUCUUAUCUGAAAAUGGCAUGGACGAUCCUGGUAAUGUAACUCUUCCCAAGGGUUUGCAUGACACCACAAGAAUAAAAUAUUACAAAGACUAUUUGACUCAACUAAAGAAGGCAGUAGAUGAUGGAGCAAAUGUGGUAGGAUAUUUCGCUUGGUCAUUGCUUGAUAACUUUGAAUGGAGAUUGGGCUACACAUCAAGAUUUGGCAUUGUCUAUGUUGAUUUCAAAACCCUCAAGAGAUACCCCAAGAUGUCAGCAUACUGGUUCAAGCAACUCCUUACCAAAAAGAAGCAGUAGAAAAGAUUGGCUUAACAUCUAUUUUCUAAGCUUCUAGAUGUUACUAAGAAUCACGUUUUAGUAGUUUUGAAUCAGUGAAAGCCCCUGUGCAAUUGUAAUCAUGUGACUUGGUUAAUACGAGUCUUGGAAUAAAAUGAUCUUUUUUA